GAGAGAAUAGAAUCUAUGCUUUACCAUGUGUUUGUUCCAUGGCCAAAGACAAGGUCCCACACAUGCAACAUCAAUAACAACAACAAAUACAGAGUCACUGAUGCAAAACCAACAACAACAACAACAAUAACAACAAUAACAAAUAUCAAUAUAUAUGCUCGCCGGCGAUGCCCACGCCGGUAAGCGCAGCGAGGCAAUGCUUAACGGACGAGGCGGCGCGUGCGCUCGAUGAUGCGGUGGCUGUGGCUCGAAGGCGGGGACAUGCGCAGACCACCUCGCUCCACGCCGUCUCGGCUCUGCUGGCCUUGCCGUCAUCCGCUCUCCGCGAGGCCUGCGGACGAGCACGAAGCAACGCGUACAUGCCACGCCUCCAGUUCCGGGCGCUCGAGCUAUCCGUCGGGGUUUCGCUGGACCGGUUGCCGUCGUCGAAGAGCCUUGACGAGCCUCCCGUAUCGAACUCGCUGAUGGCGGCGAUCAAGCGAUCGCAGGCGAACCAGAGGAGGCACCCGGAGAACUUCCACAUGUACCAGAUUCACAACCAGCAGCAAACGGCAUCGCUUUUGAAGGUAGAGCUCAAGCACUUCAUCCUAUCCAUCCUCGAUGACCCGAUUGUCAGCCGGGUUCUAAGCGAAGCUGGGUUCCAGAGCUGCGACAUCAAGCUGGCUCUCGUUCAACCGCCGGUGACGAUGCCAGCCUCUCGGUUCUCGCGGACCCGGUGCCCGCCCAUUUUCCUCUGCAACCUGACGGAUUCGGAUCCGGGUCGGAGGGGUUUCAGCUUCCCUUUCUCUGGACUUGAAACUGGGGACGAGAAUUGCAGACUAAUUGUGGAAGUGCUAAUCAGAAAGAGAGGGAAAAACCCAUUGUUAAUCGGUUCUUGCGCUAACGAAGCACUUCGGGAUUUCACGAAUGGUGUACAGAAAGGGAAAGUGGGUCUCUUGCCAGCUGAGCUUACUGGGUUGACUGUGAUUUGUAUUGAGAAGGAGAUUUCUGAGUUUGUUGUUGAUGGAGGGACGAAGGAGAAGUUGGAUUUGAAGUUUGAGGAGGUGGGUCGUUUGGCAGAGCAGUGUACGGGACCUGGUAUAGUGUUGAGCUUGGGGGAGCUGAAAGAGUGUGUUUUGGAUUUGGGUUUGGGUGGGGAUAGUAUGAACUCUGUGGUCUCGGGAUUGAAAUCUUUGUUGGAGGUUCAUGGUGGGAAAUUGUGGUUGAUUGCAGCAGGGACUGCUGAGAGUUAUUCCAAGCUGUUGGCUCGGUUUCCAACCAUCGAAAAAGAUUGGGAUCUGCAUUUUCUUCCCAUUUCGUUCACUAAAGCUCCAACUGAAGCAAUCUUCUCCAAGUCCAGUUUGUUGGGGUCCUUUGUUCCAUUUGGUGGGUUCUUUCCUGCACCAUCCAACUUCAGAAACCCAUUAAACAGCAGAAAUCAAAUUUUCACUCGUUGCCAUUCAUGCAAUGAAAAGUGUGAGAAUGAAGUUGCUUCUAUUUUGAAAGUAGGAUCUGCUACUUUAGUUGCUGGUGAUAAAUACCCAGAGAACUUGCCUUGUUGGUCACAAACAGCUGAACAUGACACAGGCAAGGGAGUAGAUGUACCAAAGACUAUAGAUGAUGAAACAAUAAGGAAAGUUAAAAUAGCGGGGUUACAAAAAAAGUGGAAUGAAAUUUGUCAGCGCCUUCAUCAUGCAAAACCGUACCAUAAAGCAGACAUUUCCCAAGCAGGAUUACAAGCUGCAUCUGCUGAGGGCUUUCAUCCUUCUGUGGAUAGGAAGGAAACGAGUGUUGAAGAUUCAUCUCUAGUUGAAAGCCGAUUUGCAUUUCCAUCUCCCUGCUUGCCAUCAAAGUUGCAAAUCAACAUUCCAUCAAAACAGAACAGGUUCAUGCAAAUCUCGUCUGAUGCGGAAAAAGUUAAUUGUCAGUCUGAUUUAUCGGGUAAAGUUUCAAAAAGUUGGCAAAGCGAGAUAGGUAGCCCCUGCUUUUCGCCUUACCCUAUGCCCAAUGUGAAUCUUCCAUCUGACCAUGCAUCUGACCGUGCAUCAUCUUCAUCAGUCACUUCUGUGACCACAGAUUUGGGGUUGGGAACAAUAUAUGCAUCUCCCAGUAGGGGACCAAAAUGUCCAAAUUUACAAGAUCGUAAAGACCACCAACAACAUUUAUCUGGCUCUUUCUCUGCUGAGUUGGAAGCGGUUAGUGAGAGUAGGUCGCUCCAAAUUGUCCAAUCUUCUUCCUGCUCUGCUUCUAAUUUCAGAGGGCAGCAUGAUCCUGGAGACCUCAAAUCACUUAAAAACAUUCUCACUGAAAAAGUUGGAUGGCAAGAUGAAGCCAUAUAUGCUAUUAGUCGAGCAGUAUGUCGUAGCAAAUCAGGGGGUGGAAGGCAUCGUGGCUUAAGUCUCAGAGGAGAUAUUUGGCUUAAUUUUCUUGGGCCUGACAGAGUAGGAAAGAAGAGAAUUGCUUUAGCACUUGCUGAGAUAUUUUAUGGUACCAGGGAAAGCUUAAUCUCCAUUAACUUGGCCUCCCAAUACAGAGGUUCCCAAGCAGACUCAAUCUUUGAGCAUGAAGAAUUAGAUGGUUUUAAUGUGAAGUUUAGAUCAAAGACCGAUUCUGAUUAUCUUGCAGGAGAGUUGAGCAAGAGACCCUGUUCAGUUGUCUUUCUUGAGAAUGUAGAUAGGGCAGAUAUUCUAGCCCGGAGAAGCUUGUUACAUGCCAUUAAGACCGGCAAAUUUCCAGACAUGCUUGGAAGACAAAUCAGCAUUAACAAUGUUAUUUUUGUGACAACCUCAAAUAUUGGGAAGGGUAACAAAUUGCACCAGUUCAAGAAGGAUAGUUUAAAAUUUCCCGAGGAGACCAUUCUUGCAGCAAAGAAAUGUCAAAUGCAAAUAUUAAUUGGAUGUGUUGCGGCAGAUUAUCAUAGCCAUGACAGGAAUGUGAGAGUAACAGCUCGAGAAGGAACCUCAAACCUGUCAUCUGAAAAUAAGAGGAAGCUGAAUGACACCAAUGGCUCCACAGAUCAAACGUUUGAGAUACAAAAGCGAGUCCAAAAGGCAUCAAGAUCUUUUCUGGAUCUUAAUCUUCCUGUAGAGGAGAUAGAAGAAAGCAUUGAUUGUGAGGACUCUGAAAGCGACUCCAUCUCUGAUAGUUCAGAAGCUUGGUUGGAAGAAUUCCUUAGUGAAGUGGAUGAAAAAGUAGUUUUCAAGCCAUUUGACUUCGAUGAACUAGCCGAAAAACUAGUAGAGAAAAUCAAUUUACGUUUUCAGGAAAUACUCAGAUCCGAGGUUAUACUGGAGAUUGAAUACCAAGUCAUGGUACAGAUACUUGCAGCUGCUUGGUUGUCAGGCAGGAAGCAAGUGGUAGAAAAUUGGGUUGAACAGGUUCUCUGCAGAGGCUUCGCCGAAACCAAGCAGAAGUACCAUCUUACCGCUGCUUCUUGUGCUAUAAGACUGGUUGCCUCUGGAGCCCUUGCUGCAGAAGAGCAAAUUGAUGGCGUUUGCCUUCCUUCUAGAAUUAAAUUGAACUAAUUUUUUGCUCACUUUGUCUCUGUAAUUACAUGUAAAAUGUAGCUUUUAGCAUAUAGCUUUUGGCAUUUGAUAAAUCCUAGGUUUUACCAAUCAAUUACAAAUAUUUUAUAUAUAUUUUUUAGUAAUUAUUUCGUAUUGUAUCUAAUAUGGUAAAAGAAUGUACAUUUUUGUCUUUGACAUACAACGGUUCUGCUGUUUUCUCUUA